GUUCUUAUAUUGUGAAACAUCAUACUAAAGAUGAUGGUGGUCGUCUACCUCCCAUCAAAAUAUCUUCCAUUCCGAUGGAGACGAGAAAGUUCAUUGAUCCCAAAAUCUAGCCAUGUAGUAAAUUGCAAUGGUGGUUCCUCUGCUGAGUUUCAGUCUCUAAUUCGAUGUUUGGAAGUUGAAUCAUCAAAGACAAAAGAACGAGAACAAAUUGCUAUUAGAGAAUUAGAAAAAGUUGUCAAAGAGAUAAAAAAUAUGCCAGAAAGUGAAGAACAUGUAAUUGAUUUGCAACCCGAUGAUGCAAACAAUGAUGGUUGUGAUGUUGAAAAUCCCGUUGUUACAAAAAGCAAAGGUCGACCAAAAGGAUCAAGAUCAAGACCAAAAGGAGGAGUUGAAGGUGCAAAGAAGCCUCGUUAUUGUCAUGUUCCAGGUUGUAAUCAAACUGAUCAUGACACAAGAAAUUGUCCAAACAAAAAGAAAAAUAUUAAAGUAUUGCCUUCUCAGUCUCCUAAUAAGUAA